UCAUAUUCACCAUAAACCAAAAACCUCUAGCUCAACAAAACGUUCAUCCAACCCUACUUUUUACUCUCUCAUCAAAUUAGUCAGUGUUGAAAAAUAUUACUAUGAAUAUCUUUCGAAGCUUUUAUUCGGACUCACUCACUGAAAUAUCAUCAUCAUCAUCAGAUUCAAUGUCUGAUAAUAAUUUUUCUGAUGAGGAAGUUAUGUUAGCUUCAAAUAACCCAAAGAAGCCAGCUGGCAGGAAGAAAUUUCGCGAAACUCGACAUCCAAUAUACAGGGGAGUCAGGAUGAGGAAUUCCGGAAAAUGGGUUUGUGAAAUCAGAGAACCAAAUAAGAAAUCAAGAAUCUGGCUCGGCACAUUCCCAACGGUAGAAAUGGCGGCUAGAGCUCAUGACGUGGCAGCUUUAGCAUUAAGGGGCCGUUCUGCUUGCUUGAAUUUCGCUGACUCUGCUUGGAGGUUGCCUAUCCCGGCUUCCUCCAACUCCAAGGAUAUUCAAAAGGCGGCCACUGAGGCCGCGGAAGCCUUCCGAUCAUCAUCAAAGUCGGAAGAAGUUUCAGGAGAAUGCAGUAGUACUAGUCCUGAAACGCCAGAAAAUGCAUUCUUUGUGAAUGAGAAAGAACGAGAGAGUGCGUUCUUCCUGGAUGAGGAAGCACUCUUUUUCAUGCCUGGAUUACUUGCGAAUAUGGCGGAAGGACUAAUGCUAUCUCCACCUCAAUGUUUAGAAAUCGGAGAUCAUUAUGUGGAAGCUGAUGAUGCUUACAUGCCUUUAUGGAAUUAUUCUAUUUAAAUAACGAUUUAGGAGAUAUUAAUAGUUUCGUACUCAGUAUUUGGAUGGUACGAAAUUAUGAAUGUAUACAAGUGUAGUAAUUUAGUAACAAUUAAUAUACACACUAUUCGAAUUUCAAGCCAUCGAAUUUGAAUGAAAAAAGUGAGCAAGUUAAUCUAA